AUGUAUGCCCAGUAUGCCGGAUUCGGAAGAAAGUCGAUGGUGCAAGUGGCAGUACGUAUACGUGGUAUGUCAAUGCAGUCUGAGGCUGAGUUAGCGCGGUUCUACUAG